UCCUCUCCCUUGCUCCUUCAUUCAGGUUCAACGUCGAUUCGUUAGUGCCCGUUACUGUGUCUGUGUCCAAAUAUCGUUAUACCUCUGUACGAGUACAAACCAUUGAGAAUGGAGCCCUAAACAAAAGUACUGGUUCCUGUUUAGAGGAGCAUGCGCAGCCUUGCGGAACACCAAUGAUUUAUAGACCACAUCUACACCUACCAUGCUCUUGCGAAAAAGCACGGCUCUGUCAUUGGCACUGGGAGCUUUCACUCUGAUUUACCUCGUCACCAACUUAUCUUCGAAACCCAAAUAUAUUUACGGCCAAAAUGAUCCUUCGUCCCUCUACAACCCAUCCCUUUUCACUCCUGGAAUAUCCAGACCAGCUGGGCACAACUAUACCCGGAUCCUGGUCAUGGGCCGCCUUCACACUGAAGAUGUAAGCUGGGUAUCUCGGGAUCUUCCCGACCUCCCGACCAAAAUCUACACCGUCGACAGCGAUAUGUCCGGGCUGCCUGCCAAUAAGGGCCACGAAGCAAUGGUAUACCUGACCUACAUCAUCGACCAUUACGACUCUGUGCCCGACGUGGUGCUCUUUUUCCAUCCGCACAAAACGGCCUGGCACAACAACAUCCUCCUGGACAUCGAUUCUGCCAAGACGAUCAAACUCCUCAGCGACCCUCACGUCAUUCGACAGGGAUACUUCAAUACUCGCUGCCACUUGGAUCCAGGGUGUCCAAACUGGUUGCACAUCGACCGACCCCGGUGGCGGCAUGAUCUGAAGCACAAGCCCGAAGAGCCGGCCUUGACGUCUCAGCUGUUUCAUGAACUUCAUGGCGCCAACGUUCCACUUCCCUCGGCCAUAUCGCAGCCCUGUUGUGCACAGUUCGCUGUCUCAGGAGAUCGUAUCCGCCAACGGCCACGCGAGGACUACGUGCGAUAUCGCACAUGGCUAUUGUCGACGGAGUUGGACGACAAGACCUCUGGACGGCUGAUGGAGUAUUCGUGGCAAUACAUAUUCACGGGCAACUUCGAGUUCUGCCCGUCCCAGCACAAAUGCUACUGCGAUGGGUACGGGCUCUGCUUCCAAGGCGAAGAUGGUCUGCGGAACUGGCUGAGUACCCUGAAACAGAAAGAGAGACUCGACGAGAAGCUCGCCGAGAUGUGGGACACUGGCGUGAAGGGCGGCGAAAAGUACAAGCGUCUUGCCUGGGAGAUUAAGCAGAAGGCAGAGUUGCUCGAUCAACUCAGGGAGGAAGCCAUAAGAAGAGGGUUCGAUCCUAAGAUCAGGGCAACGGAAUGUGGGCGGGAAUGGCACGAGGGUGAUGGAUUUUGAUUUGACACCUUGUUGGCGAGAAGCGACUUUGCUGCUUAGACCGUACCAUAGGGCAAUGGUUUGCUGGACGAGGAACUGCAUUGGGACAGAACCUGCCGUGGCUGGAAAGGUUUGGACUUGUUUGUACAUAGAAGCAAAAAGUCUCUUAAGGGAAUGUAUUCGAC